AUGCAACUCGUCCGCUUCCUGCUACUACUUAUGGCCACGCUCAUCGCAGCAUCCAACGCGACGCAAGUGGGCCGUGGAACCACUCAUCCCAACCAUGACGACGAAGCCAGCAACUUCCACGGGGACGCAAUCGAGGAGAGAAGCGCGUUCUCCUUUACUUCGAAACUCAAAGGUUUUUUCAACAAGAAGACCGGUCUCGGAAACAAGCUCAGUAACAAGCUCGGCAACCUGCGCGAGGAUCCUAACGUGGUAGCAGCUAUGAACCUCCCUGGCGUGAAAAAAACAGGGGUUGCGUUGGAAAAGGACCCGGAUCUCCUGGCGAACCCCAAUUUUAUGAAGAAGUUGUCAACGAUCCUGAUUUUGCGACGGCGCCGGCUAAGCUGGAGAAAUCUAGCGUUAAGGUCACUAAAGGUGACAUCGUUGCGGCUGUCGGCAAAGAUCCUGCCAAAGCGAAAAGGUUGUGGGCCUUCGUGA